AUGUGCAUCCAAUAUCCAGAUGGAGAAUGUGAGCUUAAGUCUGGGUUAAUCCAUCUUUUACCCAAAUUCCAUGGAUUAGCAGGAGAAGACCCGUACCAUCAUUUGAAGGAAUUUCAUGUUGUUUGUUCAUCCAUGAGACCUACAAUAGUGACAGAGGAACAUAUCAAGCUUAAGGCUUUUCCAUUCUCAUUGCAAGAUGCCGCUAAGAAUUGGUUAUACUGCCUUCCGCCAGGAUCCAUCAAUACUUGGGAGACUCUGAAAAGAUUAUUUCUGGAAAAGUUUUUUCCAGCAUCUAGAGUUGCUGCUAUUCGCAAAGAUAUUUAUGGGAUAAGGCAACAAGAAAGAGAAAGUCUUCACGAGUAUUGGGAAAGAUUCAAAAAGUUAUGUGCUUCAUGUCCUCAUCACCAAAUAAACGAGCAUCUCCUCAUUCAAUACUUUUAUGAGGGAUUGAGUAUCAUGGAUAGACAAAUGACAGAUGCUGCAAGUGGAGGGUCAUUGGUGGACAAAACGCCAACAAAUGCAAGACAAUUGAUUGAAACUAUGGCAUCGAACCAUCAACAAUUUUCCACAAGGAGUAAUUCUAUAACUCUAUUGAAGGGAACCCAUGGAGUAGAAGCUUCAUAUGUUGCAGAUCACAAGAAAUUAGAAGGGAAGUUGGAUGACUUAGCAGCCAUGGUAAGGACCUUGACAGACUUACAGAAAAAGCCUAUCCCUUCUACUUUAUGUGGAAUUUGUGCUUCUACUAAUCAUCCUACAGAGGCUUGUUCUAUGUUAAAAGAGACAGGGACGUUAGACAAUGAACAACCUCAGGCAUAUGCUGCAAACAUCUAUGGCAAUAAUAGACCACCUCGGCAGCAAUACAACCAUGAUUUGUCCUCCAACAAGUACAACCCAGAUUGGAAGGAAUAUCCCAGCCAGAAAUGGGGAAAUCAACAGCCUCAACACCAACAAGUCUAUGUUCCACCUCAACAGAGGCAACAACCACAACCAGCGACAACCUCUGGUGAUUCAAACAUGGAGGCAAUGAUGAAAAUGAUGGCUGACAUGAUGAAGGGACAAAUCAAUGAGUUGAAACAAACGAUGGAAGCAACCAAUCAAAACUUGCAAAACCAGAUUGGACAAAUGGCAAAUGAGUUAAAUCAGAUAAAGUCUCAACAAGGCUCGAGCAAUUUGCCUGCACAAACUGUAAUCAACCCGAGAAAUGUAAGUGCUAUUACUUUAAGAUCGGAUAAGGACAAUGAAGUUGUACCUAAUGAUGAAAGAGGAAGAUCAGAUGAAGCAACACAAGUAACAUCUGAGAUGCCUACACCCAGUGAUAACUCCAGGUUGGUAUCCCCUAAUACUUCCUCUGAAAAUCUUUCUCCUUAUUCUCCUCCUCCUCCCUAUCCAAACCGUUUGAAACCAAAAACUAAAAAGAUGGAGGAGUUAGACAAAGAAAUCCUGAAUACUUUCAAGAAAGUGGAGAUAAACAUUCCUUUGUUGGAUGCUGUGAGACAAAUUCCUAAAUACGCCAAGUUUCUCAAAGAAUUAUGUACACAUAAAAGGCGUAUUAUGGACAAAGAGGUAGUGAACAUGGGAAGGAAUGUCUCUAGCUUAAUUAAGAAGCCUGCAGUCAGAAUGCCGCAAAAGUGUAAGGAUCCAGGUAUGUUUUCUGUUCCCUGCAUUAUAGGAAGUACUAAGUUUGAUAAUGCUAUGUUAGAUUUAGGAGCUUCCAUUAAUGUAAUGCCUUUAUCUGUUUUUACUUCACUUCAUCUUGGACCUCUUAAGUCUACUGGUGUGGUCAUUCAAUUGGCCAACCGUAGCACAGUUAACCCUGCAGGUGUGCUAGAAGAUGUGCUUGUCCGUGUGGACAAGUUAAUUUUUCCUGCAGAUUUCUAUAUCUUGGACAUGAAGGAUGAUGAAGGAAUGAGUUCAACCACAAUCAUCUUGGGAAGACCAUUCAUGAUGACAGCACGUACCAAGAUAGACGUGCAUGCAGGAUCCUUAACUAUGGAGAUAGGAGAUGAGAAGGUGCAGUUCAACGUGCUAGAAGCCAUGAAGCACCCAAUUGAAGACCAUUCUUUGUUUUGUAUUGAUUUAUUGAGUAAUGUAGUGAACAAUUAUGCUUUUGGACUUUUGGACGUUUUAUCUGGUUUUUCUUCUUCUUUGGAUUUUUCUGCGCUUACCACCACUCCUAUCAAGCCUGCAGAUGUACAAGAGGAUCAUGUAUAUUUGAAGGCUUUCCCUCAUUCUUUGGAGGGUAAUGCGAAAGACUGGCUGUACUACCUAGCACCCAGGUCCAUCACAAGCUGGGAUGACCUGAAGAGAUUGUUCCUUGCCAAGUUCUUUCAUGCUUCAAGGACAACAGCCAUAAGGAAGGAGAUUUCUGGCAUCAAGCAGCAAUCUGGGGAGACCCUUUAUGAGUAUUGGGAGAGAGUUGCACCUACACCACAAGCUGCUCCUGUUCCACCUGUACCCACACCAGCUCCUACUGCAGCACCUGCACCUUCUUCUUCUACUUCAUUGGAAGAGUUAGUAAGGAUGAUGACCCUUCAAAAUAUGCAAUUCCAGCAGGAGACUAGGGUCUCAAUCCAGAGUUUGACAAAUCAAAUGGGGCAGAUGGCCACUCAGCUAAACCAGGCACAAGCUCAGAAUUCUGACAAGCUUCCAUCACAGACGGUGGAAAAUCCUAGGAAUGUGAGUGCCAUUACUUUGAGAUCUGGGAAGAACAUUGAAGUUCCCACUUCCGAGCCUACACCACCAAAGGAAGCCGACCCUGCCACACUUCAGAGAAAGCGUGAUGCUCAUGCAGCUGGUCCUUCCACAUCUGGUGUACAAGCUGUGGAACCCACUUCUCCCUCCCUUCUGGUUCAUGAUAUUCAGCCAGCAUCCAGUACUCCAAAGUUGAAACCACUUCCAGACAACCUUAAAUUUAGGGUUCUUGGUUCUGUUUUGUGA